AUGGCAGGUGCAGAGAUUUUCACCAACUGUCAACGUGAACUCAAAUCCAACCUGAAGGAGAAGUUCCAGUCUGUGUUUGAGGGGAUCGCUGAAGCAGGAAACCCAACCCUUCUGAAUGAGAUCUACACAGAGCUCUACAUCACAGAGGGAGGGACUGCAGAGGUCAAUGAAGAACAUGAGGUCAGACAGAUUGAAACAGCAUCCAGGAGACCAGCCAGACCUGAAACAACCAUCAGACGAGAAGACCUCUUCAAAGCCUCAGCUGGAAGGAAGAAACCAGUCAGAACAGUGAUGACUAAGGGAGUGGCUGGCAUUGGGAAAACAGUCUUAACACAGAAGUUCACUCUGGACUGGGCUGAAGACAAAGACCACCAGGACAUACAGUUCACAUUUCCAUUCACCUUCAGAGAGCUGAAUGUGCUGAAGAAGAAGUUCAGCUUGGUGGGACUUGUUCAUCACUUCUUCAGUGAAACCAGAGCAGCAGGAAUCUGCAGGUUUGAGAAGUUCCAGGUUGUGUUCAUCUUUGACGGUCUGGAUGAGUGUCGACUUCCUCUGGACUUCCACAACAAUGAGAUCCUGACUGAUGUCACAGAGUCCUCCUCAGUGGAUGUGCUCCUCACAAACCUCAUCAGUGGGAAGCUGCUUCCCUCUGCUCGCCUCUGGAUAACCACACGACCUGCAGCAGCCAAUCGGAUCCCUCCUGAGUGUGUUGGCAUGGUGACAGAGGUCAGAGGGUUCACUGACCCCCAGAAGGAGGAGUACUUCAGGAAGAGGUUCAGCGAUGAGGAGCAGGCCAGCGGGAUCAUCUCUCACAUCAAGACCUCACGAAGCCUCCACAUCAUGUGCCACAUCCCAGUCUUCUGCUGGAUCACUGCUACAGUUCUGGAGGAGGAGUUGAUGACCAGAGAGGGAGGAGAGCUGCCCAAGACCCUGACUGAGAUGUUCAUCCAAUUCCUGGAGGUUCAGUCCAAAGUGAAGAAGAUCAAGUACGAUGGAGGAGCUGAGAACGAUCCACACUGGAGUCCAGAGAGCAGGAAGAUGAUCAAGUCUCUGGGAAAACUGGCCUUUGAUCAGCUGCAGAAAGGCCACCUGAUCUUCUAUGAAUCCGACCUGACAGAGUGUGGCAUCGAUAUCAGAGCAGCCUCCGUGUGCUCAGGAGUGUUCACUCAGAUCUUUAGAAAGGAGAAAGGACUGUUCAAGGAGGUGUUCUGCUUCGUCCAUCUGAGUGUUCAGGAGUUUCUGGCAGCUCUUCAUGUCCAUCUGACCUUCAUCAACUCUGGUGUCAAUCUGCUGUCCACCUCCAUGUGGUUUAAAGUCUUUAGAAGCAAACCUAAACCCAAACGUUUCUACCAGAGUGCUGUGAACAAGGCCUUAAAGAGUCCUAAUGGACACCUGGACUUGUUCCUCCGCUUCCUCCUGGGUCUUUCACUGGAGACCAAUCAGAGUCUCCUACGAGGUCUGCUGACACAGACAGGAAGUUGCUCACAGACCAAUCAGGAGACAGUCCAAUACAUCAAGGAGAAGAUCGAUGAGAAUGUGUCUCCAGAGAAAAGCAUCAAUCUGUUCCACUGUCUGAAUGAACUGGAUGAUGCUUCUCUAGUGGAGGAGAUCCAGCAGUCCAUAAGAUCAGGACGUCUCUCCACAGAUGAACUGUCUCCUGCUCAGUGGUCAGCUCUGGUCUUCAUCUUACUGUCAUCAAAAGAAGAUCUGAAGGUGUUUGACCUGAAGAAAUACUCUGCUUCAGAGGAGGCUCUUCUGAGGCUGCUGCCAGUGGUCAAAGCCUCCAACAAAGCUGUACUGAGUGGCUGUAACCUCUCAAAGAGAAGCUGUGAAGUUCUGUCCUCAGUCCUCAGCUCCCAGUCCUCUAGUCUGAGAGACCUGGAUCUGAGUAACAACGACCUGCAGGAUUCAGGAGUGAAGCUGCUGUGUGAUGGACUGAAGAGUCCACACUGUGACCUGGAGACUCUCAGACUGAGUGACUGUAACCUCUCAGAGAGAAGCUGUGAAGAUCUGUCCUCAGUCCUCAGAUCCCAGUCCUCUAGUCUGAGAGAACUGGAUCUGAGUAACAACCACCUGAAGGAUUAUGGAGUGAAGCUGCUGUGUGAUGGACUGAAGAGUCCACACUGUCACCUGGAAACUCUCAGCCUGUCAGGCUGUCUGAUCACAGAGGAAGGCUGUGCUUCUCUGGUCUCAGCUCUGAGCUCCAACCCCUCCCACCUGAGAGAGCUGGACCUGAGCUACAACCAUCCAGGAGACUCAGGAGUGAAGAUGCUGUCUGAUGGACUGGAGGAUCCUCACUGGAAACUGGAGACUCUCAGGGUGGAGCCUGCUGGAGUCCGAUGGAUGACACCAGGUCUGAUGAAGUAUUCCUGUGAACUCACAAUCGACACAAACACAGUAAACGAAGACCUCAAACUGUCUGACAACAACAGGAAGGUGACAUAUGUGAAGGAGGUUCAGUCAUAUCCUGAUCAUCCAGACAGAUUUGACUACUAUCCUCAGCUGCUGUGUGGAACUGGUCUGACUGGUCGCUGUUACUGGGAGGUCGAGUGGAGCGGAUACGUUAAGGUAUCAGUGAGUUACAGAGGAAUCAAGAGGAAAGGAGUCAGUGAAGACUGUAGGUUUGGAUACAAUCAUCAGUCCUGGAGUCUGAUCUGCUGUGAUGAAGGUUACUCUGUGUGUCACAAUAAGACAUUUACACAGAUCAUCACCUCCUCCUCCUCCUUCUUCUCCUCCUCCUUCUCCUCCUCUGGUAGAGUAGCAGUGUAUGUGGACUGUCCUGCUGGCUCUCUGUCCUUCUACAGAGUCUCCUCUGACUCACUGAUCCACCUCCACACCUUCAGCACCACAUUCACUGAACCUCUUUAUCCUGGGUUCUGGUUCAGUUCUGGUUCUUCAGUGUCUUUGUGUCCUCUUCAGGACGGAGAGUCUCCUCCUGGUGGAGAACCUUCCUCUCUGCUCACCACAUAGUUCAGUCUGUACAGCUGAUGGAGGUCCAUGUGGGUGUAGGGGCAGGUGGAGCAGGUGAGGGGUACCUGAGCUGGUCUGGACUCUGGGGGUCCACAGCUCUCUGGGACUUGUGCUGUUGCAGAUGAACGUGUGAAAGAGCUCAGCGAGGUGUGUUUUAAUGUCUCUGUGCUCGAUGCUUCUGUGGAUGAAUCAAUAAUCAUCAUUUAGAUGUUGGCUCCUAAUUUAAUAGUUUAAUCUUAAUCUUUAUGUGUCACAUGUUCAAUAUAAAGGUCUCAUCUGCCCCCCCCAGUAUGAGACAAAUAUAUCAGUGUGAUAAAUUGUCCUUGUUUGUUUGUUUGGUUGCUAAAAUAAUGAAAGAAAGUGAUUUUCAAGAAUUGUUUGUAAUUACAAAAAUAAGUAAAAUAUGAACAUGUGAUUCUUUUUUUAACUUUAAAUCUUUCUAAAUGUUCAGUGGAAUUACAUCUAAUUUCACAUAAUCAGGUUUGUUCUGAACAAAAACCUUUUGAAAGCUUCAUCAAACCUCUGAAGAAGGUUAAAUGACAGAUAACAUCAUGUAAUUGUGUUUUUAUUAACGUUAUAUAAUAGUACAACGUUUAGUGCCUCCAUGUAUUACUUUGUCUUCACAGGAAUAGAAUUGUUUGUUUCUAAUGUGAAUAAAGGACUUUUAUUGGAAACAACAUGAGGUGCAGUGACUGGUCCUGGCCAGCAGAGGGACGUCACUGAUGGGAUUAAACCAGUAAACAGGAUUCAUAUUCCCAACAUGUAUCACAGUGACAAUAUAAUAAAGACCAAAUGUAUGAAUCUAAGUACUAGAAUCCUCUUGAAUAUCUACCAUAGAAAAGUCACAUGACCUUGUGUGAGCUGAAGGUCACCAGGCUUUUUCAUGUCCUCAGUCUCUAGGGGACAUGUCCUCACAUUUAUCUAUGGAAAACAGCUCUGAGAUUCAGUCAGAAACCCAUCAGCUCCUUCAAAGAGACAACCGGGACAUGAAGACACUUUGACCCAUUCAGAGGACAUCCUGAAUGUCUUCCACAUGUCUCACCAGCACAUGAAGACACU